AUGGCGGGUUCCGUGCUGGUCUCCGUGCUGCGGACCUUCCGGCAGGUAGUUCCUUCCUCAGCUUCAGGCCAAGUUCGAGGUUACUAUGUAGACUGGAGAAUGUUACGUGAUGUGAAGAGACGAAAAAUGGCCUAUGAAUAUGCAGAUGAGAGGCUUCGGAUCAAUUCGCUCAGGAAGAAUACCAUUUUGCCAAGAGAUCUUCAGGAAGUGGCUGAUGAAGAAAUUGCUGCCCUUCCUCGGGAUAGCUGUCCUGUUAGAAUCAGAAAUCGUUGUGUUAUGACGUCCCGUCCACGUGGGGUGAAGCGGCGCUGGAGGCUUAGUCGUAUUGUCUUCCGUCACUUAGCGGACCACGGCCAGCUUUCUGGGGUCCAGCGAGCAAUGUGGUAAAUCAGCUCCAGAACCCACUGAGCUUUCAGGGAAACCAGUCCCUGCAAGACUUUUCAAUAAACAAAACCCUUUUUUAUAGGGGUACAAUGUACUUGUCUACCUAAUGCUGUCUAUAAUUAAAGUACUUUUAAAUUUUAAAUGAAA